AUGGACGACGUUGCUACUGGGAAAACCGAGAGUCCACACACACACAGCGAGGGAGCCCGUGUGGAAGGGCGAAUUCUUGCGGUCAUCUCACACCGUGACGAUGCCACUAGCCGAGAAGAAGGAUGCGUAUUUGUGUACAAGAUGAAACCUGGCCUACGGUCACCACUUCUUCGAAGCUCAGAUAACUACUUUCUCGAGCAUGCAUACCCUAUCGUUGGCGACUUCUCUAUGACGAUGGCUCAGGCUCGGCGUAAUACUAUAGACCUCCGGCAGGCCUCAGCUGGAACCGCAUUGAGUCAACCUCGGACAGGUAUUUGCAUGAUUCUAGACUUGACUGUGACACUAAACCCUGGACAUGACGAAAAUGCUGCACCUCUCAUUUUGGUCGCUCAUGAUACCCAAAGCCUGAAGGAGGUCAUCACGGAAUGCAAGCGGCUUCGAGAGAUAUCAAGUAUCUUGGUUGACUAUUCAAAAGCCAGGGAGCAUUCAGAAGCCUUUGGUGCUUAUACGUGGUUAGCGCCAUAUAUUGCUGAAGCGAGGAGGCCGCCAUUGCUGUCGAGUAUACCUCCAGAUCUGCGAAAUCUUAAGCAGCCUCUGAGCGUGUUUCUCUCAUCAGCGACAGCGGGGCAACCUGGCGACGAGGCAUCAGAUAUUGCCCUGAUUCGUGCAGACUGGAUGAGGCGGAAGGUUGAGGCUGAGUUGAUUCCAACGUGCAAAGCCGGGCGCACACUCCGGCUACGUAUUGGUACAUUCAACGUCAACGGCAAAAUGCCGUCGCAGGACCUAUCCGUGUGGCUCAGGCACCGUGACUCCGGCAUAGCAUUCAUACCUCCAGCCAAAGCGAUAUCACCUCUAUCCUUGGGAGAGAUUGCACGCGACCCAUUUGAUGCCACUGCACAGUCAUGCCACGAGAGAACCGCGCCCUCGGAGAGCAGUGACAUCCUCGCAAGCGAUCGCGCGGAUCCAGACAUAUUUGUCCUAGCAUUUCAAGAGCUUGAUCUUUCGACCGAAGCGUUGCUAUAUUCCACAAAAACUGUGCGAGAAGAUGCGUGGGUCACGGCGACUUUUGCAGGAUUGGGGGAGAAGGCUGUAUUGUAUGAAAAGGUGAGUAGUGUUUACCCAGAAUACUUCUUAGCAUCGAAACAACUUGUCGGAAUGCUUCUUAUUGUCGUUGUGAAGAAGAUGCUCAAGCCAAGCUUUGACGACAUCCAAACUGCAUCUAUUGGAGCUGGGAUAAUGGGAUUAAUGGGCAACAAAGGCGCCACGGCCUUGCGACUUAAUUACACCCCAUCCUCCUCCGAUGGUCACCGGCCGAGGCCGAUCGUGUUGACGUUCGUCAAUUCCCAUCUGGCUGCGUUCGAUGAAAUGUACGAGAGACGAAACGCGGACUUCCACGACCUGUCAAAGCGAUUGGUGUUUGACUCAGGAAUAACGGGACCACCUGAGCUCAAUCAGGGAGCGACCGGGAAUGCGACCACAAUCCCUAUCAGUGUCUUUGAAACCGACGCUCUAUUCUGGAUGGCAUAUCUCAACUACAGGAUAAAUCUGUCCGAUGCAGACAUCCGCUCUCUGUUGUCGUCACCCCCAGAGCUCAGGCAGAGCGAGACAAGACUUUUGCUUCAGUACGAUCAGCUAUCAACGGCGAGACGCAAGAAACAUGCAUUCGAGAACUUCUUGGAACAUCCCAUAACGCACCCGCCGUAA